AAGCUAAAAUUCAACACAUUAACAUUAUUUAAUUAACAUAUUUACAGUAAUUACCUGUAGCUCAUGACUUUAACAGGUGAUAAUUACCUGCUAGCUAACCUGAACACCGUAUUAACCUCAAACCAGAAAAUGGACGCCUGCAUUAAACCGUUGUGCUUCGAGCUGCUGUCAGAAGUAGGCGAAGGCUCCUACGCUAAAGUGUACAAAGCCAGAGAGGUGGGGGAGGAGCAGCGCCUCCUAGCGGUGAAGAAAUUCAAUUUCCACGCAAGCGCUUCAGACAAUGGCAUCCCCGCCUUCAUCAUCCGGGAGGUGUCGCUGCUGCGUAAGAUGAAAUCCUUCAACCAUCCCAACAUUAUCAAGCUUUUGGAUGCAUCGGUUGAACCAGUGGGCCACAGCCUGGACCUGACACUGGUGUUAGAAUACAUCGACCAGGACCUGUCCACCUACCUCUCCAAGGUUCCUGCUGCUGGAAUGAGUUCUGACUGUAUUAAGAAUGUGAUGCUGCAGCUGCUGCAGGGUUUGGACUUCUUACACACUAACAUGGUGCUGCACCGUGACCUGAAACCAGAAAAUGUCCUGAUCAGCAGCCGAGGAGAAGUUAAAAUUGCUGACUUUGGAAUGGCACGCAUCUACACCUUCAAUAUUGCUCUCACUCCAGAGGUGGUGACACUCUGGUACAGAGCUCCCGAGGUGCUGCUGAGGUCUGUCUACAUGUCCUCUGUGGACAUGUGGAGUGCUGGCUGCAUCUUUGCUGAGCUCUUCCUCUUGAGACCGCUGUUUCAGGCUUUUACAGAGGUGCAGCAGCUGCAAAAAAUAUUUGAGUUUAUUGGUUUUCCUGGUGCUGAGGACUGGCCGACCGACAGCCCGUUCUCAUACUCAUUCAGCUGGGGACCAAAGGUUUCCCGCAACAUGCCGCUGCACAUCCUGGGCCCAGAGGAGAACGACCUGCUGGCUAAAUGUUUGACAUUCAGUCCCAGCAGCCGCAUCUCAGCUGCUGAAGCUCUGGCUCAUCCUUUCUUCACACGGCACUGAAGAAAACCUUCGCCACACUCACCAGUCUCAUGCCAUAACAUCCAUCGUUGUUCAGAGUUUUUGGACUGUUCGAAAAACAUCAUGAGGGUCUUCUGAUUUUUGUGUAACACUCCCAUGAUCGACCAUUUGUAUUAACACUUUAAUUUUUUAUCGAACUGGCAAAACAAUUCUUUAUAAUUUAAAUUCCACAAGCCAUUUCACAGUUAAUGCUGCUUCUUUUUUUUUGUUGAACGUUACCUCGAAAAAUUCUGUUUAAAAACACUAUUAUGAGGAUUUGAACGUUGAGUUAGUUAAUCUUGUUUCACCAAAGCUUUGACUUGUAAACACGGGAGGAAAUUGCCUUCUUUUAUUUAAUUUUAUGUUUUUGUUUGUUUUUCUGAAGAAAAUUAUGGUGCAAUAACUGGAAUAGGUCACACCUGUGUUUAUGUUACAUUUUUUGAGUUUGUUUUUUUUACCACUCAAGUUGCACUGUUCAUUUGAGAAACAUUUCUAUAAACAAUUGCCUCACAGAUCAGUGCCUGCAUUUCAGUACAACACCAGAAGUCUGUACUGUAUGCUGCUAUCAGCCUGCCCUUUGUAACUGCACAGUUUGAACAGAUGGGGGCAGUGUGGAGAUAUUUCCUACACCGUUAUGUGGAGGAUAAAUUGAAAACCACAAAGAAAUAAAGGGUAAGUUCAACCAAAUUCCCCCCCAAAAAACUGAUAGUCCUAAGGCAAUAACAUAAAU